AUCUUCGGGUCACGUUAAGCUUAUAUUUUAGAUCAGACGCCUGGGAUAAGACGUAAUUACAUUUAUAUUGCAUAUUAUACAGUUAUGUGUCAUGUAUUACAUAUAAAGUGAACAUUUUGAGCUGUUAAAUUUGGAACAGAUGGUAUAAUAGUCAUAAACCGAGUGGCUUAUUUAUCCAGUUUAGCUCCGUUUAUUUACCAGACGGUGAGGGUUGUUGCAAUUUAGAUCUAGCAAACUUCUAGUUUUAGUAAGUAUAUAUAGAAGUUUAAAUUGAAUACAGGAUGGCGUCGUUCGGAUGGAAGAGGAAAGCUGGGGAGAAGGUGUCCAAAGCAGUGCUCCAACAGUUUGAAGAUGAGGCAGAGAAAGCUGAUGAAGGAGCGAGCAGACAGCACGAGGAUGUGGACUGGCUGCACGCAACCAAGAGGCGUAGGGAAAUGCUGCUGGAGGACUGUGCUACCAAGAGUCAAAGGCUGAAAGAUGAAGGAGCUUUGCUCGCCGAGCAAGGAAGACAUUGGGACGCCAUUAAGAAGUGGGAUGAAGCAAUACAACUGACUCCAGAAAAUCCGUCAUUAUAUGAGAUGAAGUCACAGGUUUUAACCAUUCUCCAUGAGGUCUUCCCAGCUGUGAAGGCGGCCGAGAUGGCUAUGAAACUCCGCCCCCUUUGGUGGGAGGCUUGGCAAACUUUGGGUCGAGCCCAACUUAAUCUGGGAGAAAUAGAUCUGGCUGUCAGGUCCUUCCAGAUUGCAAUUCACCUUUGCCCAUCAGAAGUCUCCCUAUGGCAAGAAGACCUGCAGUGGGCAUGCAGACUACAAAAGCAUCAUUUAGCCUCAAAGGAAAAAGACCAGGAGGAGGAUGAGACUAAAAGACAGAUUUUGAAUGCACCCGAGUUGGAGCAGGACUUUGAUUUUGAGUCAGAGGAAGUUGUGGCUGCCUGUGAAGCUGUAGCUCAACGUCAGAAUAGUUAUGAGGAGCUGAAGAGAACAGCCCUGGUCAUAGACACUCAGGGAAAUAUACAAAAUGUGCUGGCUGGGGAGGGAGGCUCAGCAGAUAGUGGAUCCCUUUCAAAAGAAGUAUUUGUAAAAGCAAGAGGACUUUGAAUUGUAUCAAAACAAGCAUAUAAAAGAUAUAUUGUUUUAAUAUUAAGAAAUGUAUGACUAUGAUUGUCUAAAAUGGAUACAUCUCAAACUUAGUGGGUAAUUUUGAUUAAGUCCUUGAUCAUGAGGGGACUCAUGAAGUCAUGAAUAUCAGAAAGGACUGAGAAGGGCAGUUAAGCAAUACAAUAUUUAUUUAUAGAUUAGUAUAUUACUCAUAUCACUCACAUUAUAUAAUUCAUUCUGUCAGUAGUGCUGCUGGUGAAUGUAUUUUGUUGAGCUGCCCAAAAAAGAGGAGUUGAAUUUAAUUAAAGUUAAAACACCUGAGGUUAAAUCA